CAUUUUGCUCCCAGCACCUACUCUAGAUCUACCUAGGUCAGUCACCUCCAUAAGGAGCAUGUAUCUCAGUACCAGUACGGAUAUCGAGCAACCAGGUAAGGCUAUUAGUGGGUAGUUGUGGACCAAGCAAAUGAAAGUACAAAGUACGGAGUAGCAUGCUCGAACAUGGCUCUUCGCAACACUUUAUCUCGAGAUCCUUCUCAACCAACCAUCAACAUCUCGCUUCCGUCUCCAUCCAAAAACACACCUCACCAUCUUAUUUACUUCAUCACCGGAAACCCGGGUCUGAUCGGCUACUACCGAGCCUUCCUUGAGACUCUACACUCACUUCUUUCUGAUUCUCACACCAGCAAUAUCACAUCAAAGGAUGUGUUUGAUGUAUACGGUCAAUCACUUGCUGGGUUCGACGAUACUCAUACAGUUCCCCUUUCCUCAUCCAAAACCCACCCCUACAGCCUAGAAGAGGUGAUAGAUGUGUCGCUCGAGACCUUAGAACAGCUUCGAAUUCAACAAGGACCACGUCAAGGCCAACUCUACGACAGUGUUAUCAUUAUAGGCCACUCAGUCGGUGCGUAUAUCUCAUUAGAGAUAAUCCAGAGGCUCAAACGCCGCAAGUUACCAACCAGGAUUACGGCCGGGAUUCUGCUCUUCCCAACAGUCACACACAUAGCUCAAAGCAACAGUGGUAUCAAAAUCAGCUGGCUCUUCAAGAUCCCCAAUUUCCCCAGAAUAGCAAGUACCGUUGCAAAGCUUCUGGUCAGUUGUGCGCCCGUUGGAGUGUUGAAGUGGCUUGUAGGUGUCGUUACGGAUAUGCCUCAAGAGGGAGCCAAUGUUACUACCGCUUUUUUGAAAAGUAGAAUGGGGAUUUGGCAAGCACUGUAAGAACACGGGGCUUUUGAAUGAUUCCAAUCUAACUGGCAGUCAGUCACUUGGCAGAAGAUGAAAUGAGAAGCAUCACCGAGGAUCGAUGGGAUGAAGAUAUAUGGGGAGUAGAACACAAAGAUAGUGACUCGGAAGUCCAGGCUCCCAAACUGAUCUUCUACUUUGGCGAGAAUGUCAGUGGAUUUGUUUUUGUAACCUGCAAUAUCAAGCGCUAAUCAUAUAUUAGGAUCAUUGGGUGGCUGACCAUAGCCGAGAUGUUUUGAUUGCUGCGAGAGGAACUUCCGACUCAGAAAAUGCCUCCUCAAAACCCAACAUGCUGAUUGAUGAUUGUGAGGUUCCUCAUGGGUUUUGCAUCAGUACGUUGAUUCUACCACUCCUUCCAAAAAUGCUAACAAUGCUAGGACAUAGCGAAGUUAUGGCCGAGAAGGUCCGAGUUUGGGUCGACAACAUUAUCUCGAAUCCUUGACAUAACCAUACGAUUUUUCUCUUACUCUAGAAAGAUUAUUGCCUUCGAAUAGGUACCUGCUUGUAACAUCCAUACCGUGAUCUACUUAGUGCCUUUCUGAUGGAGUCUCAAGCAGAACACCAUUUGUUUCGAACAAAAUGCAACUUCCAAUGAGAUUUUGAGGCGCAAGAAUUGGAGACUAGAAUCAGAUAUAUCAAAAGUCUUGCGGAAGAGGGAAGUGUGAGAAACAGAGACACUAAGAUCCGCCUUCGUGGUUCUCAAUCAACCUAUGUAUUAUUAAUGAAAGUAGCUAUAGUAUAGGUUCCACCAUAUCUUCAAGUAGAC